AUGACAGCCAAACUGCUGGAGAUCCCCGCCGAAAUCCUGGCGUGCAUCGCGGAUGAGCUGGACAUUGAGAACUAUGGCAACCUCCGCCUUGCCAACAGGCAGACACACGACUACACAUUCCCAUAUUUCGCCAAGAAGUUCUUUGGCCGCAGGAAAUUCUUCCGCGGCUACCUCAGCCUGAGCACAUUACUAGCCAUCUCCCAGUCGCGCCUGAGCCCCUACCUGGAGACCCUGGUCCUCGGCACAGAGCUGCUGGAGUUCGGCGCCCCGGGCGACGCACCAAAUGUCUCCAAGGAGGCCUACUACAAGGCAUAUGCCGAUCAGACGAGCAUGUUGGCCUCCGGGUGGGACCGCGACACACUGAUCGACGCCCUGCGGAAUCUACCCAACCUCAAGGGCGUGAGCGUCGAGUCCUUUGACGACCGUGAGAUCUGGGACUUUGACGAGAACCUGCCGAACUCAGUCAUCGACGGCGGGUACGGCCUCAAGACCCUGCUUAGGAGCCUAGGCUACGAGGCAGGCAGGCCGCCGAACCAGGCCUCGCCGGUCACCCAGUGGGUCACGGCGGUCCAGACGCUACUGGGCGCCGUGGCGAAGGCGGGUGCGAAGCCCAAGAGCUUCAGCAUCACGGGGAAGUCGGUCAACAAGUCCUACAUGCCCGCCGAGGCCCUGGGUGUUGACGACGACGCGUUCAACAUCCCCGCGUUCUUGGAGCAGUCCCUGCUGCCGGUCAUCGAGGGGCUGGAGGAGCUUGACUUCGAGGUGUACAACCGGAUGCUGUACCCCUCGCCCGAAGACAGUACGACUUGCCGGACUUGCCACCUCCGUCGGUUCCUAGGCCUGCCGAAGAAUCUGCAGAAGCUUCGGAUCGCGCGUCUAACGGCCGGCAUGACGGCCCUCGAGAAUCCCGAAGUGAGGGGCGGGUUCUGGACAUGGCUGGGGUGGAGUCCAAAGGGCAAGGGCAAGGCGGUGGCCGAAGACAACGCCGAGAACGAGGACAGCAUUGGAGAAAACAUCCAGUGGCAGUGGGACACGAUCCCAGCAAGCAGCACAAACCCCCUCGUCUCCCCGCAGCCAAUCUCCCUCCCGCACCUGCGCGAGCUCCACCUCGCCAGCGAGGACAUCCUCUCCUCAAACCUGACCCGCCUGCUGAACAAGGUCGCACCCACGCUGGUGAAGCUCGACCUGCACGAGCUGAACCUGCGCGACCGCGUCGCCGAGAUCGAGGCGGUGCCGGACAACAACAACGACGACGACGACGAGCCCGCCGACGAGGUGCGCGCCGAGGUCGACCUGUGGAUCGGCCUGUGCGGGGAGCUGGCCGCGAUGCCGCUCGACGAGCUGCGCGAGGUCAACAUCUCCGGGUUCGGCGGGCUGGGCAGCUGGCACCUCAACAAGUUCGGCGACGGGGUCGCCGCGGCGCCCGGCUCGGUGUACUUCCGGGUGCUGAGGAUCGUCGGGGAGGACACGUACGAGAGCCAGGCCGAGUUCUCGUACAGGGGGCCCAACGUGCGGGAGGCGCUGGGCCACCUGGCGGAUGAUCUGCGGGCUGCUGUCAGGGACGGGCGGCACGUGUUUGUGUCGGAGCCUUCGAGGAGGAGGAAUAGCUUCUGA